AUGCCUGGUCUGGUGCGCAAACUCUUCAUGCAAGUCUCCGGCCUCGAGAAUGGUCUGCUGCUCCAACCUCUCUCGCAGCGAAACCAACAAUCUUCCUCCCCUCCUGUAAAGAUCGACUACAAGACGCAUGCUAUCAGCCCCUCGCUCCACCAGGACUCGGACGACUCGACCGGCGAAGGACUCGAAGCUCAUGGUCUUCUCGGUCUCCUGAACCUCGCAUCGUCCUCAUAUCUCGUCGCCAUCUCCAAGCGUGAGCAAAUCGCUCAGAUUCGUGGAAAGCCCAUAUACGUCAUCACCGAUGUCGCUCUAAUCCCUCUGGCCUCGCAGGCGGAAGCACAACAUGCCAUUCAGCAGGCAAAGCAGGCUCUGAAGAGUAAUAAGCCCGAGUCUCUGGACACGAGCGACGAUGAGGAGGACUCGACCAGUACAACCGCCGACGAUGAGCAGGACGACAACGCGUCGGUAGGCUCACCAGAUGAGCCGCUGAACGUACCUAAGGGCUCGGUGAACAAGGCUACUACCGUGGUCGCCGAUGUCAUCAAGAACAAGGGUCAAUAUGGUCGCUUCGCACAGCGCUGGUUCUCCAAGGGCGGUUGGAAGUCUGACGGCAUCCGCAAACAAGGCAUGAGCGCCAGCGAGGACGACCUAUCUCUGACCCCCGAGCAAAAGAAGCAAGCCGAAGAAUCUCUGCCUGAUGACAAGAAGGACGAAGUGGAAAGCGCCCCUGUCAACACACAAUCUCAGACCUCUCCCGAGGAGGAGCAUUCAGACACCAAGCCAGAGGUUGUCGCAUCUGGCGAAACCACUCUUACUAAUCUCAUCCCAAGAAUCCUCAAGACGACAAAGUUGUAUUUUACCUCACGAAGCUUUUACUUUUCUUACGAUUACGACAUUUCACGCAGCCUUUCUCGACAAGAGUCAGCCUCUGCUUCUGUUCCGCUUCACAAGCGUUUCGAUCCUUUGUACUUCUGGAAUCACAAUCUCGCCGAGCCACUGAUCGAGGCUGGUCAGCAUAACCUCGCCCUUCCUGUGAUUCAGGGCUUUAUUGGCCAGCGCGCUUUUACCGUAGAUGCCGCCGAGAAUGAAGAGAACAAGAUAGUCGAUUCCAAACAGGAGGCCUCGGAGGUCGUCAAGGUCCAGGAAGAUGCACAGAAAGAGGAUGCAAAUACGAACGACGACAAGUCUCAGCCCAAGGAACUGCUGUUGACUCUUAUCUCCAGACGCUCCGUCAAGCGUGCAGGACUGCGCUAUCUGCGUCGUGGUAUUGACGAUGACGGCUAUGUCGCCAACAAUGUUGAGACCGAGCAGAUCCUUGCCACACCAUCGUGGGACUCUAAAGACAAGGUCUUCUCCUUCCUACAGAUCAGAGGAUCCAUCCCGCUUUUCUUCUCACAAAGCCCUUACAGCUUCAAGCCUAUUCCUAUCCAGUAUGGCUCCGAGGCAACCAACCAAGAUGCCUUCAAGAAGCACUUUUCCAAUAUGCUUGAGCGCUACGGAGAAGUCCAAUGCGCUUCACUGGUCGACAAGCAUGGCACAGAAGCAAAGAUUGGAGAGUCGUACGAGAAGCACGCCAACAGUCUGAACACUUCCGGUGGCGUCUCUGGCAAGCAAGUUGGGUUCUACUGGUUCGAUUUCCACACUGUCUGCAAGGGCAUGAAGUUCGAAAACGUUUCAAUUCUGAUGGACACGCUAAGGCCGUCUAUGGAGUCGUUUGGAUGGACUGUUCAGCAAGAUGGCAAGUUCAUUAACACCCAGACCGGUGUUCUGAGGACGAACUGCAUGGAUUGCUUGGACCGAACGAACGUUGUUCAGUCCGGCGCCGCUGGCCUCGCUCUCCAGGAUCAGCUUGCACAGAUGGGUCUCUCGAUCAAUCUUCAAACUGACCCUAAGACUUCGUGGUUCAACAACCUGUGGGCUGACAACGGCGAUGCGAUUUCUCGUCAAUACGCAGGUACCGCUGCCCUCAAGGGAGACUUCACUCGCACUCGCAAGCGAAACUGGCAAGGUGCUCUGAGCGAUUUCAGCUUGACCUUGAACAGAUAUUACAACAACAUCUUCGGCGACUACUUCCUACAAACUUGCGUGGACUUCUGGCUCGGCAACGCUGGCCCUCAUGUGUUCGAAGAGUUUGAAACCGACAUGAUGAACCAAGACUACGCCCUCGAUGUGGGUCGCAUCCGCCAGAGCGCCAUCGAGACCUGCGUUCGCAUUGUCCUUGAAGACUCAGCAGACAUGGUCUCGGGCUGGACGCUCUCCUGUCCUGCCUCGGCAAACACCCUCCGCUCUCUCCCCUUCGAGGAAUGCAUCGUUCUCCUCACCGACACCGCACUGUACUUCUGCCGCUUCGACUGGGACACCGAAAAGGUCGGCUCCUUCGAGCGUGUCGAACUCGUGGAUCUCGAAAGCAUCAACUACGGCGCCUACAUCACUAGCACCCUCGGCCCCACACACAUGGACGAAAAGAAGAAUGUCGGCUUUGUCGUCAAGUACUCCUCCCAAACACCUGCUAUGGUGCGCACCAACACACGCAGUCUGGCCAACGAGAAGGAAGCAAGCGCUGCGGAGAAGGAUGGCAAGAAGACAGACGUCAAACCUGCUGAGAGCAGACUACUGGCCUUCAAGGCGCUACCACCCAGGAACUCGGCGUCUAAGGGAAAGAAUGCUGAGGGCGAAAUGAGUGAGGUGGAGAUGGUACGUCAUAUUUGCGAGGAGAUUGAAAGACUCAGCAACAAGGCGCUUGACAAGCAAACGAUCACUGCCGAGGGCGCAGAAGAUGAAGGUGGUCGCAAGCUGAAGGCUGAACAGAAGGACGUCAUUUCUGUCGCUGAAGCCAAGAAAAGUACUGGCUAUCUCGAGUCCCUUGGAUACUCGCUGAAGAAGUUGGUUUGGUCGUAG